UCGUUCCAUUGCGCUACAUAUCUUCUAACAAACUCUAUCGUGUGAAAAAACGUCAACAAACACAAAUACGGCCACAUAUCCAACCAAUCAACCAACAACAAAAGUGUACUAAAUAAUAACUCCGCCACCAUCACCAACAACUAACUACAACAAUGUGUUAUGACAAGUUCAAGUUCAUCCUCGCCUUCUUACCUUUUAAUUACCUCAAGUAAUACAAACAGUACACAUGCAGGAUUCCUUCUAAUAUGUGCAGGGUGGUUGCUCGGCUGGGUUUACUGACAGAUAUUUUGUUAUUCCAGUUUAUCGAUCUCUUUCUUCACACAUUGGAACCAUUGUAACUACUCUUUGUUUCUCCUUCAACUACUACUCCCAGUGCAGUUCUUUUUUGCGUGUACUUAGUACUGUGAAAACCAGAAAGCAAAGCAUUUGCUGCUAAAUGUUUUACUUCUUAUACCAGAAUCAGUCGACCGAAUUGAACAGCAGGCAACAUAAUGCUUAUCGUAUCUUCUGCUUCCAAAAUGCCUUACGCAACAGUCUUCAAUCCCAUCGGAAAUAAUGUGGGGCAACCACUAGAGGUGUUUCAACCAAUGGCAAGUGACUCUAAAGACUGUUCUUCCCCGCUGACUAAACCAACUGUGCCAAAUCCUGUCAAACCUGAAGACCUAGAGUUGCUUGCCAAAUUAGAGGAAGCUAACAGGAAACUUGAGGCAGAUGAAAAAUCCCUUAAGGCUCUACCUAACUAUACGGGAACUCCUCCAACCCAUUCAAGAAAGGGGUCUGGUUCCAGCUUAUUGUCAAAUUCCUCACUAAACAGCUACAGUAGUAACCAUAUUGUUGAAGAAGAAAUAGCUUCCGAAAACCUCUGGCAAACAUGGGGUAGAAUUGUAAAUGAAUGGGAUAACUUAAAGAAGAAGCCAACCAAUUUGAAGGAACUAGUAAGGAAAGGCAUACCUCACCCAUUCCGAGGACUUGCCUGGCAGCUUCUGCUUAACGUUCAUGAUUCUCCUGCCAAAGAACGCUAUGUAGACUACCUGAAGAAGACUUCCCCGAGUGAGAAGCUGAUCAGGAGGGAUAUUGCACGCACAUUCCCAGACCAUGACUUCUUCAAAGAGAAGGAUGGCCUUGGUCAGGAGAGUCUCUUCAAUGUGAUGAAGGCCUAUUCCUUACAUGACAGGGAAGUGGGAUACUGCCAAGGUAGUGGUUUCAUUGUAGGAUUGUUACUCAUGCAGAUGCCUGAAGAGGAGGCAUUUGCAGUGUUGGUAACACUGAUGCAAGAAUACCGGUUACGAGAACUUUUUAAACCCAGUAUGGCAGAGCUGGGUUUGUGUAUGUACCAAUUAGAAUGCAUGAUUCAGGAACUACUACCAAAUCUUCACAUCCAUUUCCAAACGCAAGGAUUUCACACAUCUAUGUAUGCAUCCUCUUGGUUCCUGACAUUAUUUGCCACUAGCUUACCAUUAUCACUGGCUUGUCGAGUCAUGGAUCUGUUUAUCUCCGAGGGUAUGGAAAUUGUCUUUCGAAUUGGGAUGGCUAUUCUUCAAAUGAGUCAAGAAAUAUUGAUGUCAUUAGAUAUGGAAGGAAUGUUGAAGUUUUUCCAGAAAACUGUUCCUGCCAUAUAUGAACAAGACCAAGAGAAACUUAUCCAUACUGCUUUUCUUAUCAAAUACAAUGCCAAAAAAAUGAAAAGGUUGGAGAAAGAUUAUACAGCCCUGAAGAGUAAAGAAAAUGAAGAACAGAUUGAAUUACGGAGGUUAAGAACUGAAAACAGAUUGCUACGACAGCGGAUAGAAAACUUGGAAAAGGAAUCAGCAUCUCUGGCAGAUAAGCUGAUCCAAGACCAAGUGACUCGAGCGCAGGAAGCUGAAGAAACUUUUAUACUGAAAAACCAAUUGGCAUCAGGAAAGCAACAGUUACAUGAAACACAAAGGAAAUUACAAGAAGCUGACAAAUUAAUUUCAGAGAUAAAGGAGCGUACUGAUUCAAUCAAUGUAGCCACUGUACUUGAUGAUAAGAUUGCUCAGCAUCUAGUGCAGCAGCUGCAGGAAGAGCUGAUAUCAGUGCGGUUAAAAGAUAAUGAAACAGCUGCUGUGAUUAAAGAUAUGAAAGUUAAAAUCAAAGAACUUGAAGAUACAAACCAAAUGUUACAGCGAGCUCCAAGUAAUGAUGUCCAGCAUUUACAAGAAGAACUUAUUGCUGUGAAGUUACGAGAAGCUGAAGCUAAUUUGUCAUUGAAGGAACUCCGUAUGAAAGUUAAUGAGCUUGAUCAGUUCUGGGAGAAACAUUGUAAGAAUAACUUUUCACCAAAUGUUUCUGAAGUGAAAAAUUGCAAACAUGAAGUGCGGAUUCUCCAAGAAGAACUGAUGACAGUAAGGAUAAGGGAAGCCCAGUCUCUCUCAGCUCUGAAAGAGAUGAAACAAAAAGUGAUGGAACUGGAAACACAGAAUCAAAUUUGUACCAACCAAAUCAAAAGGAUGGAUGGAGAGAACAAACUGUUGAAAGAGAAGAUUCUAGAAGAAGAAGAUAAAGAAAAGAUGUUACAAUUAAGUAUCAAAGAUCUGAAGAGAGAAGGGGAUAAUCUUGCAUCAGAACGAAAAGAAGAUCUCAUGAUGUUUAGAAUUAAAGAAGCUGAGGCUGCACAGAUGGUGGGAGAACUGAAGCAAAAAAUUGCUCAUUUAGAAGUACAGAAAGCUGAACUGAUAACAUCCAGACAACUGAUGGUAAAAGGAGGAACGCAAGACUUAGAGAACAAAAUCUAUGAUCUUCAGGAUGAGGUAUUGCAACUAAAAAUGGACCAUGGAAAAGGUUUAGAAACUGCUACUAUGGUUGGUAGUUUCAUGAGUGUUGGUGGAGAUGAUGAAGAAAUGAGAGAGCUGAUGGAUUCUGAGACACUCAACAGGACAUUAACUGAAAUUAUUGAAGGCAAAUCUGACACUUCAGCUCAUUUGAAUGGCUUUCUUGACCUGAGCCCCAACAAUACAGACUCUGAAUCACAAAACAAUGAAACUACCGGUGAAGAUGACAGCUUGGCUGUCCUGGAGAAAACUGUACAAUCUUUUGAAAGGUCAUUAGAAGAUAAAUCGGCUGUUUGAUGAAGCUUGAAAUGAAAAGCAGAACAAAACAUGUCAGUUGUCUCAAGAAAAUAAUGGCUACUAUACGGGUUCCAAAUCUGAAAGAGAGCUGUGAAUAGCUCUUAGUGCCUAGACCUGUAGAUUUACACAAAAUGCAACAACCACCACUAUUACUACUACUACUACCUGCAAAAGAAAAAAAGAGUAUGAAAUUAUUCAAAAAAAUAAUGGAAGUUCUGAUGUAAAUCAAGACAUUUUCUUUUCCUAUACAAGAUAUUUAUUAUGUGAAGCGACAUGAAAACAAAAAAAAAAAGGAAACAAUAUAACUUUUCACUCUUCAUAUCAGCUUUAUUUAUACUGUUCCCCAAAACCAGCAGUUAACUGGUAAUUCCAAACCAAACACAGCUACAUCUUCCUCAUCAAGAUUUUUUUUUUUUAAUGUUUAAAGCAUUUUUAUACCUGCUGGUAUUUGUUGAAAGCUAUUUCAGAAGAAAAUUAUUAGUUUGUAUACUUUUCUUUUUGAAGACCAUUUUAAUUGUUAAUUAUUAAUUAUGUUUUAACUCGAUGUCAUAUUGUAAAUGUUUUACAUUUGUAUCUUCAUGUCAGUAUUGCAGUGAAUGUGAUGUAUAAUAGUAUGCAUGGAUAAUAUGUCUGUAUUUUGUGAGUAUGUUACACUUCAGAAGUUGUAUAUAUGUUCUGAUAUAUUCCCAUAUUUCUCUACAGUGUAUAUUCUGAAUUUUAUAGUAAACAUCACCUUCUGAAUACCUUGUGGAUAGUUGAUGAAUUAAAUGAAACAUUAUUGGUGAUUGUUUACAUAUAGAAGUGUAUGUAUGUGUGUUUAUAUGUUCGUGUACAAAUGAAAGAAAAAUGUACUCCUUAUCAAAAGAAGAUUUUAAAAUUUAUUUGAAAGUGUGACUUCACUCUCUCACUACUCUGAGUUUCCCUGCUAUGAGUAUCACAUCAUAGCAGACGGAAUAGUGGCAGAAUGAAGCCUCAGUUUUAAGUAAAUGAAGAUAUAUAUACAUAUAUAUAUCACAACCAAAGUUAAUUGCCCAAUCUAACAAACACAGCAGACCAAGCAGGCACAGUAAUGUGUUUGCUAUGCACUUGUUAGUACUAACAGGUCAUCAGAACUUUGUCUUGAUACCAGCUUGUACUGCAUUCUAAGCAAUAAUAUCUGUUAUUUUUUCCUUUAGGACUUCUCUUUACUUGAACCUAGUCUUAUAGGGUGAAAUACUAAUUUUCUGUUCUUUCUGCAGGAAUAAGACAAAGAUAUUGCAAAGGUGUUAACCAUUUUCUCCUAUGAGCAAUACUAUAGUGAAAGUAUGCCAAUGACUUUUUGACUGGUGUAACUAUACAGUAAAGAGCCACUUUAUUGCCUUUGCAAAAAGGAAUGUAUUUUGAGACGUGCUUAAUUCAUUCCUCUUCUAGAGCCAGUGAAGCAAGGGACACUUCAAAAUAAUGGCUAUUAUUACCUUGUAGCAGUCUCAGCACCUAUGGGCAAUGUGAAACAAUUUCCAGGCUAAAAAUUACGAUUGGUUCAUACAAGCCAGCAAGCUGGAUAAUGUCAUACAUGUUUGUAAUAUAAGUAUGUGUGCAUGUGUGUGUAUGCAUCGAUAGACAGACAGACAGACAGGUAGAUUUAUAUAUAUAUAAAAUAUCACUUAUUUUGUGGAAUAAACUUUAGCUGGUGUAAAUACAAUCCUAACUAAUUGUAUUUACAUACAAUUGAAUUUUUUUUUCUUGUAAGGUAAAAAUUAGUACAGUAUUUCAUUUAAUAACAUAACAUCUAAAGACAAAAAACUUAGAAAAAUACAAAGUGAAAUAGUUAGAAAAAAGUGUUUUGGGGUGGAUGCGAAUGUGAGAAAAGUGAGAGAGAGAGAGAGACUUUUUAUGUCAGUUUUUGGUUGUUGAAUCUUUAAUCUAUACUGUUGCUCAUUUGUUAUUAACAUUUCAUUUAGAAAAUGGCACCCUUACUUUACUGUUGAAUACCCACCUAUUCCCUAAUUGAAACCCAAAUCCUCCCACCAAUAAAGGCCUUUACAAUAAUUGUUAACUUAGCUAUACACACACACACACACACACAUAUAUAUGUAAGGCAUAUUUUCUAUCAUUCUAAUAUAGGCAUCUAUAAUUAAGAAUCUUUAUAAGAUCAAAUAGUCGACUGAAUAUGGAACUGAAGUAUUGACAACUCUGAGCUCUUGAGGUCAAGUUUACUAUAUACAUUUAGUUAUGUAUUUGAACAAUAUAAUUGAUUCUACAUGCUUUAAUGUGUAGACUAACAUGUAUUUAAAAGACUACAUGAUAUUCACAUGGAAAUUAGUUAUGGAACUUGACAGUGACUGUAUGAUUGUAAGUAUACGGUUUGAUGUUAAACAAGAAGACAUAAAGAUUGACAUCCAAAGGCAAAAUCUAAGGAAAGUAAAAUAAAUGUAAACGAUUCCUAGAAUACCAAGGGCCUCGUAAGGGCUGAUGCCUUAAUGCCAGUUUCGUUAUGCAAAGCAGUUAAAUCUCCAUGGAUAACAUUUCAGAAAACUUGGUGUGUAUUCUUGAAAGCUAGGUGGACAAGGACAUUUGAUUUUACAUGCCAAAGCAUGUGCAAUCAUAGUCAUUGUCAGUUUUGCUUCCAUAGCUAAUUUUUCUAUGGAUACCAUGUAGCUUUUGCAUGUAUUAUAAUUUCUUUAGACUGUUAAACAUAGAUAUAUCGUACAGCCAUAAGCAUAUCAUAUUUAGGUCUACAUAAAAUUUUACCUUUUGUUAUACCAUGUUUCAGACUAUUUAUUAGACGAUCCUUUAACCUUUUAAUGUUCAGAUUAUUCUGUCAAAUGUAAUGCUUAUUUAUUCACAUCAUGGAAUUAAUCAUGCUUUAUCCCAUAGCUUUGUUAUUUUGAUGAUGUGAUUGUAUAUUUUGGGAUUGACAUUGUAGGGUAGGCGUGAGAGGUUGGAUCUGGUCAGUUUGAACAUAAAACAUGUAGAAUUUUAGAGCCAGUUUAAAAGCCAAAGGGUUAAAUGAUAUGAAUAAGUCUAAAUGCUAUACAGUCUUUCAAAUAACAUAUAAUAUGAACUUUGCAUACUAUGUUUUGGUCUGUUUAUUCAGCCUUUAAAUACCAAGUUUACUUACAUAUGUAUAAAUGACCUCCUUGCACAACAUAUUUAGGUAUCUAUUGACAUAUAUUUCUUGGAAGUAUAUAUGUGUGUGUGUGUGUGUGUGUAUCAACAGGAAAACUAAGUGCCAUUCAGUUAAAAUAACCCCAAAACGAUUUUCCAGUAUAUAUCAACACACACAAACGUGUUUUUUCUUUCUAGUAAUCAUUCAUAGACAUACACAUAUUCAUCUGUACAUUGUUGAUUGUAUUAAUUGUAAUAUACAAACAUUUAAAUUAUGUAUACUUAUUUUAUCAGCCUUAUUGGCUGGCAGGAUCUUGAAAAAGUAGUUGACCCCUUUUUUUUUUUUUUGCACUUUGUUUUGUGUUUUUUUUAUACUCAAUCAUUUGUGUAUUAAUUCAACUGAUUUAUUAAUUCAAAAAUCCCUGCUUUGAUGAAAGAGAUUUGUUGUAAAGAAAAAAAAAUGUAUAAAUAUUUUAAAAAUCGAACAAAAAUCAUUGAAUUUAUAAUUGCAGUUUGAAAUAAGCUGGGCUCUGAUUUUAAACUUUUACAAAACAAUAUCACCAAAAUACUCUAUUCUUACAUUGUUUUUUUUUUUCUCUUUUCAUAUUUUUUUGUUUUUUAAAUAUAAAAUUUCUGGGUGAUGGAGUUAUCUAAAGCUAUAAAGCACCACACUGAAUGCUUUACAGCAUCUAUUUUUAUUUUAUUCAUAUUUUGAACUGAAGACUGUGUCUUUCUUAACAUCCCUGAGGUUAAUGAAAUAAGUACCAGUAAGAUGUUUUUUACCCAGUUCAAUCAACCAUACCUCUUCCUUACAAAAAUUAGAAUUCUACCUAGUCACAAAAAAAAAAAAAAUUCCUUGUAUAAAUGUCUUAUGAAAUGUUAGAUUAAUUUCAAAAAUCAACAGUGGCACUUUUGUUCAUAUUCUUUUUACGUAUGUCAUGUGUCAAGGUUAAAAACCAUUUCUUUAAUGCAUAAAUUAUUGAACAAAAUAUACAAAUUAUACAGCAGGCCUAACAUAGCACUCAGUUUAGCAACAUUACCUGAUUCUUAGAUGCCUUUAGUAAAGUUCACUUAAUUAUUUCCAAUUCUGGGAUUCAAUCUUACCAAACUGGAAAGCCUACAAAGUUCAUGGGCACUUUCCUUAUUCUGAUUACCAACUUAUAAAAUUAUCCCAACAUUUUUUUUUUUUUUUUAGCUUGUCACUAAUAUUCUUAAUUUUAUUUAUUGUAUUGUUUUUAAUAUCUGACAAGCUGGACUUGAUCUUAGCCCUUUAAUGAUCUGAUAAAAAGUGAUGUAAACAUUUGACAGGAUUUGAACAUAGAAUAUCUAGUUUAUCAAUCAAUGCUCAAGUAUUGAGACAUUGUUUUACUGCCUGUAUAGCUUUUCAUUUGAUUGUUAUCAGGCCGUAUAUGAGAUUGGUUUUAUUUUCACCCUGUCAUCAUCAUUUAAAUAUCAAUGAAAUUAGUUGAUACAGAAAAUGUGAUUUUUUUUUUUUUUUGUCAAAUGUACAUAAAUUCUUGUAAUCUAUAUACACUGGCUUCUGCACUCACAUAUGGAUGUUAAAAAACAUGUAUAAUUGUAAAAUGAACUUAUUUACUAAAAAUAAUAUAAAUGUAAGCUGUACUAAAUCCAACUUAUAAUUUCUUGAAGUAACUCAGUAUCUCCUGCUGUAUUAAACAAACUACUUCUGUAAAUUUCAAUAUUUCAAAGAUGUAAAAAGACGAGUUACAUGUCACAUUAUGUACAGACCAAUAAUUUGUUGUGAAUAUUCUGGAAUUUGACAUUCUAAAAAAAAAAAAGAUGUUAUUUAGGGUUUUUUUUUUUUUUUUUUUUUUUUUAAAGUAGCAUUCAAAUAACCUUAUACAGGCCUUUGUUUUCCUGAAUUAAAAAAAAAUGUAUAUAUCAUGAAACAUUUAGGAAAAAAAAAUGUAAACAGUUGUUGUCUUUAAAAAUCAUAAAAUAUAGCAAAAAGAGAAGAAAAAAAAUGGAUGAUUUUUUUUUUUUUUCACUCUUAGUUUCAGUAUAGAAGAAAUGUCUUCCAUAUUUGUUGACAAAACAGCAUUCUGGGUUCUUUUUCAGCCAGAAGGCAGACAAUCUGGCAACUGAAUUUUACAACGAAUUUUUUUUUUUUUUCUCUAAAAGUUGUUAAAUUAUGUUCCUUUAUAUGGGAAGAAAACUGAAAAUUGAUAAGUGGGGGAAAUUGUUGGGAGGAACUGCUGUUGAAAAUCCGAUCCUUUGACAGUUCAGUUGUCAUCAAUGUAUUAUAUCAGAGUGCAGCCAUCUUCCUUAAGUUAUUUAACUACUGCCAGCAUGGAAGACAGACGUUAAAUGAUGAAGCAUUAUUGUAUACUUCCUUUGUCUCAACUAUGAGAAUUUUAAAAUGGGUAGCGGGGAUGUUAUUUUAUGACUCUUAAGGAAUAUUCAUUGGCAACCCCUAGAUCAAGUUAUAGAAAAAAGGUAGGCUCCAGAGGGCAUACAGAUUAGUUGUUUGAGAAUGUAUUUUGCACAAUGAGAUUGGAUCUUUAAGCCUCUACCAGUUUAAUGUAUUCAGCAUACCAUUAUAGAGAAUGGUCUUAACUGAUAUACUGUCCUUAAAAGUCAAUAUUAUCACUUGCAUUGUGCAUGGUGACAGCCAAGCAGUCUAAAAGCUUAUUUUAGCAUAAAUACCAUACUUUUCAUUUACCUUGUUAUAACAUAUACAUACAUAGCUUGUUUUCUAGAAGUACCCAAUAAACCUAAAGCAGCCGAUGUUUUGUUGCCAAUCAUUGGCAACCUUCUGCAGUGGGGUUUUUUUUCCCACAAACCUGCAGAUUGCAGUAACAACAGGUCAGUUUUUGCCUUUCACCAAAUUGAAAUGGUUUUCAUGUGUUGUAACUGUUUCUGAUCAUAAAACAAAACUGGUUUAUUGUUCAAACUGGAAAAAGAUUAAAAUUUGGAAGUUAUAUUUGUUACAUACAAACAUAUUAGAUGUUUAUAAAUAUGCACAUAAUUACUGAUAAUUCAUUUGGAUAUAAAACAUCUUGUUUUCAGAUUAUUUUGCUGCUUUUCAGCUCAUUAGCUAUGAUUGGGGGAGUAGAGGGAGAAACUUAAUCUGCUGCAAUGUUAAAUUUUUUUUAUUUUAAAAUAAUGUUCUAACCUAUUAUUAGUUGACUAGCAAAUUUUAACCAGUCAAAAAAAAAAAAAAAGUAAACUUAGUUCUCAGCAUACAAGUCUUCCUGUUAACUCAAUGUUAUUCAUUCAAUUCUUUAUAUUUCCAAAGCAUUAAAUUUCAGAAUGAGAUAAUGACAUUCAUAGACAUACUGAAAUAUCUGACAUUGUGCCAAUUGAUGUUAAACUGAAAUAAAUGUUAAAGUAACAGCAUUAAUUAAACUGUUCCAUCUUCAUCAAUGCUGGAGUAAUAUUUCUUUAAAACAAUGAAUUGUGAAAAUUAAAUUCCACCCCACUACCCUCGUUUAUUAUUAUUACUACUAUUAGAUAUGUUCAUCCCACCAAAAACCUUGGUAAUUUUUAAAUAUAAUUUUGUUGUUUUUGACAACUUCACAAAUUGUUUGUUUUUUUUCUAAAUAUUAUUUAUUUAUGAGGAACUUAGAAAACUAAAUGUCAUUCUGGAUCAGUCUUGAAAAAAAUGUAUUCAUAAUGUACAACUGGUUUUAAAUAAUUGAAAGAAGGAAAAAAAAAAAAUGAAUCUCUAAACAAAUGUAAGAAAGAUUAACAUGUUUGAAAAGUUCAAAAUUUCCAAAGUUUGUAGAGACUUGUAAAUAAUUAUUUUGUUGCAACUUGUAAAAUAAAGCCAAAGUGAUACAGC